UGAGUUUUGGCCAGCGUGAUGUUUUCAUAUGUUGAAUGUUCACCAUUUGUUGUGUAUAAAAUUCAAUUAUUUGAUCAUUAUUACGAAUUACCACCGCUAGUCUGCGCCACUUUCAACAAUGUGGUAAAACAAUUUCGAAUUUUUGUUUUGUUUUUUUUCAUUUGCUUUGGUCCAAAAUUAAGUGUGUAUAUAAAUCCGAUAAUUUCAGUUUAUUUUGAAUCUUUAAACACACACACACACAUAUGUUGAUGAUGAUGAUGUUUAAACAACGAACAUUGAUACCGAUUCUCUAUCUUUUUACUGUUUUAAUCUAUACAACAAUAUUCGCUGCUGCUGCUGAUUGAUGAUAAUAAUAAUCAAACGACGACAACGAUAACAACAACAUCAUUCAACGUCACUGAUGAUUUAAGUAAUCAAACGACGACGACGAUAACAACACCAUCAUUUAACGUCACUCAUAAUGGUAAUGAAACAACAAUGAUUACCGCAGCAACAACAAAUGUCACUGUGGAUACAAAUCAUACAACGAAUAUUACCGUAUUGCCACCUGUAAUAUCAACAACAAUAUUGACCACGACAAUGAAGAUUAUGACAACAACAACGGAAAAAUCUGAUCCAUUAAUACCAUGGAUUGUAUUCAUUGCAUUCAUAUUCAUACCAAUGAUUUUAAUUGCAUCAAUUCUAUUGUUGCUAUUAUUCAUCACAUUGUUUGAGGAUAAAAAUCGUAAAAAAAGAUCACGAUCACAUGGAUCAACAAUUGUCACGAAUCUUGAUUAUCCAAUCAAAUUAUUGCCAUCAUUAUCGGAUGAACAUCGUUUUCCAGAACCACAUGAAUCACCAUUAUCAACAAUGAUUCAUAGUGAACCGAAACCAGGGCAUUAUUUUCUUGAUGUAAAAACUACUGUUAAAUUUUUGCAAACAAAUCAAUUAUAUCAUCCACAUUCAGGUCUAUUGUUUAAUCUUAUACCAAAUGUUCUUUAUGAUCCAUUAAAACAUUGUAAUAUUCGUACGAAUAUCAAUGAUGGUACGAUGGAAACACCAACAUCAAAUCAGGUGUAUAGUUCAUUUACUAAUGAAAUAUAUGAACGUUAUCAAUUCAUGACAUUUGAUCCAGAACAUGAACGUUUCUCAUUAACCGAAUAUGAUGAUAAUAUUCAACGAUUACCAAUCGAAUUGACACCAGAUGAUUAUGUACAAAUCUAUCAACAUUUAUUGAAUAAAUCAACUUCAAAGAAGAAAAAAGAAAAAUCCACAUCUGCAUCAUCAUCAAAACGAAAAAAUCCAUUAUUAUUGGAUCGUCGUGAUUUUACUAAACCACAAACAGCCGAUUUUCAUCAAACACCACGAUCAUUUUCACCAGCCAUGCCAACACCAAAAUCAUCAGCUAAUAAUGAUGGUAAAAAUCCGAAUAUAGCUGAUGAUGAACAAAGUCAAUAUGAAAGUGUUAUGUUUAAAAUGUGAAAUCUUUUUUUUUUUGG